AUGACACAAUCCAAGUCUGCGAAACGCAAGCGUAAUGCACAGGGAGGCGCUCCCCAAAAGCACAUCAAGGUCACCAAGGCGGCCUUGGUCGCCAACCCAAUUGCCGCUGAUGAACCAUUCGAGAUCAAGCGUUUGCAGUCGGUCAUCUCAGAUGAAGAGCUCGAAGUGACGAUUGAUACUCUCGCCACACUGGCGCAAUAUCCAAGCCUGACAAAGUCCAAGCUUUGUAGAAACCUUCGAACAGCAGUGUAUGACUUUCGCCAGUCAUGCACGACAGGUGUCAAUGCUACCACGGAGGCUGCAAAUCUCACAGCAAAAGUGUCUGCUGCACUUGCUGAUGAAAAGUACCUCGAGGCAAAAAUCUUGCUGGCCGAGAUGCGUCUCAGAGGUGAGGAGCCGAAGCUGGGUGCACUCUGUCGCUGGGUGCGAGAUCUUGACGUUAUAACGCAGCCAAGACAAACACAUGCCAAUGACCCUGAACGCUCUGCAAAGGAUGAUGAGCUUCUCAGCGUAUUGGAUGCCGUCCUACGUGUAAGCUGCCCAGUGGAUGACAACAUGGAGUUGGGGAAGCGUUUGGCUGGACUGUCUUCUCGAAUCGCUUUCCAAGCAACAUGGGAUCUGCGAUCAUCUACCACAACACAUCAGAUCUAUGACUCGGUUUUGGACAAAUCAAUACUUUCAUCAGCACCCAGCAACGCGGCCUCUUCUCUGCGUAUCAUCGAAACAACUCCUGGCCCCCUCCGCAAUCCUCCCAACUAUCACCCAGCAAUUCUCUACACCACGCAGCCUGAUACCGUGCUGCUAUCAUCAGAAUCUCCUCAGAUUGAACUUCAUAAACAUCCAAACGUGGCCAAUCUCAGCCUCGCAACGAACGUUCUUUCACCGGAGGAAUGCAAGGCGAUUAUUGCCAUUGGAGAGACUGUUGGUUUCCUGCCCGACAUUCCCGUGCGCGAGGGCGGUGAUACGAGUGUUUUGGCGCACAAUUUCUACUGGGUCGUCGACACAUCAUUCCAUGAUAGGCUGUGGGCGCGCAUGUCACCUUUUGUGCCCGAAUCUGUCAAUGGACGCUUAGCUCGUGGCAUUAACCGACGUUUCCGUGUGUACCGAUACGUCCCUGGUGCAGAAUAUCGAUGUCACAUCGACGGAGCAUGGCCGCCGUCUGGUAUUCGCCCAGACGAUACAUAUGUAUACGACGACUCUCCCGCUGGAAAAAAGCAAAGCUCGUUAUUUACCUUCCUAUUGUACCUCAAUGAUGAAUUCGAAGGAGGCCAAACAACGUUUUUUGUCCCAGCCCCGUCAGAAGGAAAACUCAAUGCCUAUCGAGUGCGUCCAGUCAUAGGUGGCGUGGCUAUAUUUCCACAUGGGGAAACCAACGGAGCACUACUACAUGAAGGCUCAAGCGUCACCAAGGGCGCCAAGUACAUUAUUCGAACAGACGUCGAGUAUGACAUUGAUCCUUCUGAGGGGAAGUAA